UCCGGUGUCAUGUUUCCGGUCUGAGGAGGAGACGGCGGCAGCGGCGGCCGAUGGUGGAUCGGCUUCUGAGGUGCAUGGAGGUGUAUUAUUUGCUGUACCAAUGCUUCUGGAACGUGCUCAUGGAUGGGGUGAGGCACUGCUGCAGUGGACUUGUGGCUGACAAAAUUGACUUUAAGAAUGGAACAGAACUGGGAAAGGAGGAGACCAGAGACUUAAAGAAGGCUAAUAUUCGAGCCAAGGUGGAUUUGCCGAAUGAAGUGAGCCUUCCCCCUGCCGUCUCUGGGACUGGAGCAGACGGCAGUGGGGUUGGCGAUGGUGAAGACGAUGGUUCGGCUCCAAGUCCGCAGAGUGAAGCGGUCACGAAUGAAUUGCAGGAGCUCACACUGCAGUCAAGCAAUGGCCUCUCUCCUUUGAAUAAGAGAAAAAAUGAGCACUCGGCUCCACCUGGUGCUCCUGAGAUGGGAAGCCAGGCGAGCGAGGUGCGGACUUCUCCACGACUUCGACGCCAAUACCACUCUACCUUCAGCCAACAGGAGGAGCGCCUGCUACAGGUACUGCAGCUGAAGCUUCAGCAGCGGCGGACCCGGGAGGAGCUGGCCAGCCAAGGAAUCAUGCCACCUCUGAAGAGUCCUGCUGCAUUUCACGAACAGAGGAGAAGCUUGGAGAGGGCACGGACUGAGGACUAUCUGAAAAGAAAGAUCCGUUCACGUCCGGAGAGAGCAGAGUUGGUCAGGAUGCACAUACUUGAAGAAACUUCGGCAGAGCCCUCCCUCCAAGCCACUCAGAUGAAGCUGAAGCGGGCACGGCUAGCUGACGACCUGAAUGAGAAGAUUGCCCAGCGGCCUGGCCCCAUGGAGUUGGUGGAGAAGAACAUCCUUCCAGUGGACUCCAGCGUAAAAGAGGCCAUCAUAGAUAAUCAUGUGCCGUACUCUGCCUUGGCAGACAAUUCAUCGUUUGAUGAAGACAGCAGUGAUGCCCUUUCACCAGAGCAGCCAGGAAGCCAAGAGUCAUUGGGGUCAUUGCCAUCCCCCACAGAAGCAAGAUCUAUUGAUCCAUACCAUCCCCUUCUUUCUUGUUCAACCCAGUAUCUUGUAUCAUUGCCAACUGGGACAGAAUUGAGCAAGUCCAAGCCAGCAUCUGACCAACAGACAGCAAAAUUGGCAAAUGGUGUGUUGUCCCCAGCUGCCAAACCCAUGCCAACACUUAUUAAACAAAGCCAGCCCAAGACAUUGCGAGACAAGAACCAGAGGAGCAAGAAGCUGAAGGAGCCAAAAUCCCGCGUGAAGAAACUCAAAUACCACCAGUACGUCCCACCAGACCAGAAACUCGACAAGGCUGCCCUGCCCCUGGAUUCGGCCUAUUCCAAACUCCUCCAGCAGCAGCAGCUCUUCCUGCAGCUCCAGAUCCUGUGUCAACAGCAGCAGCACUACAACUACCAGACUAUCCUUCCUGCACCUCCAAAGCCCAACAGUGACAAACAGACCAGCAGCAGUGCCGCAUCAGUGAGGACUCUGAGUAAUAGCACACCGUCACCAGGCUCAGGCAGACUCACUCGGCAGAACAGCUGCACAACCAUCAUCAAAGCACCGGGGUUGCUGCCCUCUAACCUCGACGACCUGAAGGUGGCUGAGCUGAAGCAGGAGCUGAAGCUGAGGGCCUUGCCCGUGUCGGGAACGAAAACCGACCUCAUCGAGCGUCUGAAGAACUAUCAGGAACUGAACAAAGCUGGCGGGACUCUAGCCACCACUGUGUCUGCCAUGACCAAGACUGGCACCACCCCUUCGAAACCUGCGGAGGGAAUGGCCUUCCCAUCUGUCCGUCUCGGUGGCAGCAUCCCAGCAGCGGUUACCAGUGCCACUCCUGGGGAUGUAGCCAACACCGUGGUGACAGCAAAGUUGGGCAGCUCCGGUUCCAGCCCUCCAGUGUCACCUGCUCCCUCUGACCACUCGUUGCACAGCAUGGAGGAGGGCACAACUCCCGAGGCAGUCACGGAGUCUCUCCAGUCAUCGCCCAUGCGGCUAUUUGGCACCGAGGAGCCGGCUCCUAUCAACGGCAUGACGGGCAUCGCCAGGUUGGUGCCCAGCAGCAUCCAGGGCCACUGCCAAAAGUCGGACAAAGACGCUCAAGCCACGACUAAGGAUCUGAUGUUGCAGGAGAAGGACAAGCAGAUCGAGGAGCUGACCAGGAUGCUCAGGCAGAAGCAGCAGCUGGUGGAAGCACUCCGGCUGCAACUCGACCAGGAGAAGAGAACCCAGUUCCAACAGCCGCCCCUCAGCAUGGCCUUGACUGUGCAGGACAACCAGAAACCUAUUCCCACCGCCAUCAAGCAGGAGAACCUGCCCUCCAGUUGCCUGUUUGCGGGGCAAUCUGCGCCCUCGAACCCAGCGAAACCUGUCCCGCUCCUCAACCACGUCGAACCCCCAGGGAGCAACCCAAGCCCCGUCGUUGCUCCGGGGACGUCGAACCUUGUGCCAGUGAAGGCCGUGGUGGUGAAGCAGGAGGGUCAAACGGGCACCUGCAAGCAGCAGCAGCCCUCACCCACGCCGGCCGUUCUGCUGAGCCCGGUGCAGCCAAACCAGGUGACCACGGGGGCACCACGGACCGUGUCACCGAGCCAAGCUCCGAGUCUGCUGGCGAACGGAGUGGGUACCCACAUCCUCCUCACGGUGACUCCACAAAACAACGUGUGUCAUGUGUCUCCUGCUGUCAGUGCGACCAAAGGUCCACCACCAAUACAGGCAGUGCCAUCCCCUCCUUCCCAAGGACAGGCACAGCAACUAUCACCGAACAGCCAGCCGAAGCAGGAGUCGGAGGCAGGAGUGAUGAACCAGGCUGUGAAAAAGGAAAACUCCAGAAGCCAACAAAUGGAUGAUUUGUUUGACAUCCUCAUUGAAAGUGGAGAAAUUUCGCUCAACACCAAGGACAUUUCCACGUCUUUAAAUACGCCAUCGCCCCAGAACGUUUCGCCCACACUCGCCGUCUCUCCGCCGCCCGUGGUCAAAGCAGAGCUGCCGUCACCUCAGUUGCUGCUGGAACCUGUCACCGACAGUCAGCCCAUUGACCACGAGAACCGACUCGAGGACUUCCUCGUGAGCACCACCGGCGUGCCGCUGUUAUCGGUGGAUAACGACGGGACGGAGCCCCUCUCCCUCAUCGAUGACCUACACAACCAAAUGCUGAGCAGCUCCAGUAUUCUCGAGCACCCUCAUUCACCCAUGGACACUUCAGACAUGCACUUCACUGCAGACAGCACCAGCCUGGCUCUGGACCUCACUGACACUAACUUGGACAACAUGGAGUGGCUCGACCUGACGAUGGGCAGCACUCCUGUGGGUCUCGCUCCUUUGAGCUCCGUAACCCCCAGUGUCUUUUCUACUGACUUUCUAGACAGUCAAGACCUGCAGCUGCACUGGGAUUAACAUCAAACAACCAAAAUGUGGAGGGCGAUCGUUUGCGAAAUCCCCAGGUCCGUGUGGGCCUUCAGUGCAUGGGACCUGAUCAGAUUCACUUCCAGUGUGCGCUUUUCGCUGUCACUUUACUUGACUGGGAAAUACGCGUGCGCUGGGAAUGCAGGACCCUUGGCUAAACAUCAGAGGAUUUUCGCUGUUUCAGAGUUGCAGGCAAGAAUGGGCUGGAGCUCAUGACUCAACUCUGGGCCUGACCACCCCUGCUGGGAAUCUACAACUGGACAAGAUUCCCAACUCUGAGCCUGCUCGCUGAUUGACCUAGGCAGCGUGGGUUUCUUUGACCUUCACAAGGCUCCAGAGCUUGGUCCUAAUGAAGCAGGAUCACUCUCUCAGCGCCUACCCACUAUCUGGUUUCUACGUUGCCAAGGUUAUGUUUUUGCACUGAUUGGGGAGGGUGGGUAUGUUUUUUUUUAGAAAAAAGAAAUAAAUUAAUACAAAAAACCCAAAGGUACACUAGGUGAGCAGGUAUCAAAAUUAACUGACCCCCCUUCCAUCCCAAACACCAACCUGUCCAGUGGGUGUUGCCUGCACCCGGGACAGGUAUCUUGGUCCUCCCCAUGUUCUCUUGUACUUCGCAAAACGAGUAACCACCGUAACAUGACUUGUCAAGAAAUAGUUCCCUUUUGUUUUAUUCUGAGGUGGGAGGUAGACUUUAUCCCUGGGGGCAGCUGCUCACGAUCAUUGUACCAUUUAUUCUGGAGUCAAACUUGGAGCUGUUUCGUUGGACUGAGGUACGUGAGCUCUCGUGCUCGGCCCAACAUCAGCGACAGCUUCCCCAUCGAUUCCGAAAAUGCAGAGCCUAAAAUACAAACCCCUCGAAGCUGCAAAAUGAAACAAGUUAGGGUGCAAUCCUGUUGGUGGAUGUGAAACACUGACCCACUGAGAAGUGAAUCCACCAAGUCCCUGAGUUGUGCGAGGAAGGUGGCGUGAGCCUGUUCUUUGUAGCGGUCUUUGUAGCGCUGAUGGCAAAUCAGCACUUCAGGUCAUGCGCCACUCAAGUGCAGACUGUGCUCAACCAAUAACUAGCUACCACUGCCAACUGGGGUCUUGGAGCCUGGUGCAUGUUCUCUGGGUCUUUUGGUUGCAGAGUUAGGAAGGAGGAGGGGUUGUCUGCCCAGAUUUCAUUCCCCCGCUGACUGAAGCAACACGGUCUAUGUGGGAAGGUCGUCCAUCACCUGCCCACCUCGCCUUUCAAAGUGGGGGACAGUCAUUGUCACCCCAGUGUAGUAUUUCUCACAAAUGAAGGAGGAUACAGCAGGAGGAGGAGGAUUCUUGAAUCUUGCCAGCCAAUCCAAGGAUAUCUUUUAAAUCUGUAAAGUUACAAUCAUUUUAGAAUGUAAAAUGAUUGCACGGUGUAAAACGUGCAGUUUAAUCAUAUCUGUGUAUAGGUCACAUCGCUGACGAGCAUAGCACUGGUGUACAAGCUCUGCUUGUCACUUCAUGCCUUGGUUAUGAGCAUCAAAUGAUAUAAUCUAUCCGGCCUGCUCAAAUGCUUCAAGCUUUCUGGUACCCGAGCUUGGAAUGACUCUCCAGUUUGUCAACCGCACAUGAAGCAUUUGCUUGCGAGCCCUUGGCCAAGCUGCUGCAUUUCCCUCUCUCACCAGUUGUUCCUCCUGGCUGAGAAACGGGAUGGUAUUAGCUUUGGAGCUGGGGUAGUGUGUGGGGGUACGUCUUCUGGGCAUGGACACUAAGCUGAAGGAGGCUCUUAGAACAAGAACAUUUGGAGAGUUGGUUUUCAAGUCUAGUUAGGUCGAUCAUUGAUUGCUAUCAAUAUCGCUGCGAUUUUGUUUUGAAAAAAGAAUGCACAGCCACCAAUUCUCUCUGUGGGCCUUGUGGUCGUAAGCAAUAUUGCAAACUAGUGGCCAACAUACUCUUUGCAGUAGCCAAAGUUGAAGUUUCUGUGGCCAUUACAUAGCCGGAAGAAAAGUGAUUGGGUGUUGCUGCUUUGGUCACCAGCAUCGUCUUGUUUUCCUCACCAGUUCCCUCGAGCACUGGCUGGGUUGUUGUUUUGUGGUAAAGGUUGAGGGAAAGGAACCAUUGUACUGUCCAGGUCUCGUCGUCCUCCUGUGCUGAAUCCAAGAGCAAUCCUAUCGGAAACCGGGCAAGAUCAUUUUGAGAUGUGAGGUGGGAUGUCAAGUGUUGACAAUUUGUGUUAUUCAUCCAAACUGAGAUCCAGGGGAUCUUUCUCUAAGUGUUGUCAGUGUGUCAAUUGGAGCAGGAGGAGUUUGGGUUACUGUUGAAAGUUCCUAAUGUCAUUCAUCCCUAAAACCUUUAUGGUGUUGGGAAUGAAUCGUACAUUGAAAGGUGCAAUACACCAGUAAUUAGUGUUAAAUGUUAAAUUCUUCAACAUCCCCUGAACAAGAGCUCAGUUGUUUUAUUGCGCCUCAUUGUAUUUUCUCUUCAAAUUUGUCAUGCGUGCUAUUUAGUGCUGGAAAGGCCGGCUCUCAAAUACUAAGGGUUUCAGACUCUUUUCCCUGAAAAAUCCUUGUUCCUGAUCCACAUAAAGCAAAGGACAUUUUUAAUAUCUGCAUGCUUUGAGUCGUUUUCACUGCACUGCUUCCCCACCCCCAGGUUACUUGGCCAGGAAUGCCAAUGAUCUGCACAGAAAUGAAUCAUUUUCUGGGAUUGGCAGAUUGUCUUUGGCAGAAAGAACCCUUUGGAAUGCAGAGCUCUGAGCCAUUAGGGAGUAACGGGGAUUUGAGGGUUCCAAACCGUUAGGCUGCUACCUGACAUCCCUGCCCACAGCCAAGUCCUCUGACGAGCCAAAGAAUCUCCGACCCAUCCCACACCAAGUAUUGAUAGCAGGUUACUGCGGACGCUGGAAAUCAGAAAUACAAUGAGAAAGUGCUGGUGAACCUCAGCAGGUCUGGCAGCUUUGAUGAAGACAGAAGCAGAGUUAACGUUUUGAGUCAGUUAUGACCCUUCAGUUCUGAAGAAUAAUCAACUUCAUCUUGAAACGUUACCUGUGCAUCUCUCUCCACAGAUACUGAAUACUGCUGCCUACAUUGGAUCAAUAUUAGCAGCAAUCCUAUUAAUGUUUUGUAAUUGUUGACUCUUGGUAAUCCAUUGAUUUUUAAGUGUUGAAUCCUAUUAAAGCCCAUUAAUACAGUCAGGUAGCCAGCAAUAAUAUGAAGCAAGAUUGUAUUGAUUCAGUUGUCCAAUCAUGAUCUGCAACCUUCAGUGGCACCAAUCAAAAUGAUGGCAACUCAGUACCAGUGCUAAAUGUUUUUAACUAGUAACUGUUUGGGGUUCAUGGAUUACUGUGCAAUAUUUGGUGCCUUCAUUGGGAUGCACGGGUUUGUUAUCAUCACUGGGUUUUAGCUGCUUGAGGAACCAAAAAAAAAAAUCACAUUGCAAUCUGAGACAAUCCAAGGCCAGUCGCCUUCGCCUGAUGGUAAAGCUGUCGCUGAUAUUCCAGUCGCAGGCUCGUGAUUCCUGGGGGCCAGGAUUUAAAUGAAACACAAACAGGAAUGCCGUUCUGAAGGCCCUUGGAAUGGGGAAGCUCUGGUCAGGCGGUAGUGGCUCUGAAGAUGAAACAGAAGGCACUGCGUACCCCAGGCCAGUGUGGGGAGUAUCAUUGGUUUCCUCCUCUUUUAUGUCCUGCACAUCAGCUUAUGGAAGACACUAUAUGCAGAAUGCAAGGCAGGAUACACUAAUUUGGAUGUGUUCUGCUCUUUCUCCUUAUAUAUAUAUAUGUGUCUUUCUGCUUCAUUCACUUGACUCAUGCCCAACCCUGUGCCCAUGCACCCCGAACUGCUGUCUGAAUCUUAAUGCUUACACUGCCAUGAAUUUGAAUGUGAAAUACAGUUGUGUUGCAGAGUUAGAAUGCCAGACUGCACUCUUGUACAAUUCUGAUUUUUUUUUUUCCACUGCAUCUUUGGGGCUCUGCCUUUAGCUACCUUGAUCCAAAAUUCUGGACUCCCUCCCUAAAACUUCUUCCUGUCCUCCCUCCUUUGAGGCACUCUUUAAAACCUACCUCUUUGACCAAACUACCACUGUUGUUCUAAUAUUUCUUCUAUGUUGGUUAGUAUCUUUGUACACUGCUCCUGUAAAGCACCUUGGGAUAUUUUAUGUGUCCUGUGAUGUAAACAAUAGAGUUUCUACCCAUUAAGCUAAGGUCCUGUGACGCAGUUGUAGUGCCCCUAUUUCUGAGCCAGGAGGCCCCAGUUCAAGUCCCAUCUGCUCCAGCGAUGUGCACUGCAGAAAUUCAGUAAGGCUCCUUAGACAGCACGUUCCAAACGCGUGACCACUCCCACCUCAUGGGACAAGAGUAGCUGAUACAUCCACCUUCUGUAAGUUCUUCUUGAAGCCUCUCACCAUCCUAACUUGGAAAUGUAUCACAAUUUCUUCAGUGUCACUGGGAAAAAAUCCUGCAAUUCCUUCACAGCAUUGUUUGUCUGCCUACAUCGGAUGAACUGUAAUAGUUCAUAAAGGCAACUCACCACCACUUUGGCAAAGCUAACUAGGAAUAGGCAACAAAUGUUAGCCCACAAGCCCUCAUUUAAAACAAAAGAUGUUUGUCAUUUCUGACAUCUGAAAUGGCCAGGCAAAAAACUAGGCUCAAGAGCAAUUAGGGAACAGAUAACACAUGCUGGACUUUCCCGUGGCUCCAGCAUCCCGUGGAAGAAAUGAAACCAUACAUGGACCUACUGGGCAUCAGUCUGUCGAUCCGGAUUCCGUACUGAGACCAGAGAGACAGACAUUCACUGAAGAUGAGGAUGUGGGCAAUGAGGAGACAUUGUGGAUCCUCAUAGAGUCUGAUGUUCUCAAAUCUGUCGCAGAGGUGGAAUAUAAAUCAGGAAAAGAGAUGCAAGCUUAUCUCUAAAUCCUUAAAUAGGUUUUGUACAUUUGUUUAAUCAUGGUGUAAGAAUUGAUGUAGAUUGGAUGAAAAUAAGUAAAAUUAUGGUGGAGCUAUGCACUUCUUUGAAUACACACCGUUUAACAUUUUUACUAUAUAUUCUUGGCUGCCUGUUGAGUGGUUGGUUUUGUGACACUGCAUUGAUCAGUUGGGGUGUUUUGAAGCGAUAAAACUGGAUUUGCUGUGCAUGCCUUUUGUGUGCAUUAGCACAGGCAGUGUCCAGAGGAGCUGCUGGGAUCUCAGCACUUCCAUAUGCCCUCUGAGAGUUGCUGCUGAGUGGUCCAGUUAUAACCACUCUCUUCCCCCUCUCUCUCUCUCAGCAGCAGCAGUGGUAGACUAGGCAGGUUCACUCUGGAGUUUGGGCUGGGGGAAGUGGAGGCCCCUUCGCGGUCUCUCCAGGCAGUAAAUCUAUUUU